CAGCUGACCGGGUUGGACGUUUUUUCGUGCAUAGUAGGCAGCAUCGCCAAGCAAGCACACGUGCUUUACCAGCGGAGUAUCAUCGGUACCGCUGCCAAUAAAUCGAAGAGCACCCCCGAAACAAUGCGCUUCGCGCUAACAAUUGAAUGCCGAAUAGCUGCGAAGUGUGUUAGUGCUUUUGUGCUCUGGAAGUGUUGAUAACAGUUUGGUCACCUAAUUAACAAGGCAGCUGAAUUCGACUAAUUUUCACUUAACACUCCCAAAGUGAUGAUAUUUAUUACUGUCGCUGACAGCGGGAUAGUUAAUUCGUGGUGUGAGUUACUCGGAUAAUCAUUAAAAUGUAUACAAAAUGAAGAAAACGUGAUUGUGCAUUGUUUUUUUUUCGGGGUGAAGUGAAAUAUAAUGUUUAUCUCCGAUGUUUUCGGAUAUUCUUCAACCUAUAAGUUGAUUAUAACCUAAGCAAAUGGCACAAUUAUGCGACGGAUGUAUGCGAGCUGGUGGAGUUGGUUUUAAGAUUUUUACGGUGAUUGGUUUAUUGUUUCGAAUCUCAAAUUAGAUGAUUGCUAAAAUUGUCCGAACCGGUGCAGUGGGCAUUAACAACAAGUGAACAAUCGCGAGCUGAAUUUGCCAUACGUGGAUCGUGUUUUUUCUUCUUCGUUUGUUUAAUCGGCAUCUUGGAAUCGAAGCGCCAUACCGGAUUAUAAUUAUGGGGCUAUUUGGAUGGAUCAAAAAGGACUCAAACUUCCACCGACGACGCGAAAGUGCGCCCCCGGUUAGUAAAAACAUAACGUUUAACGGAGCCAGUGCUACUCGCGACGACGGGUACCUCGAGAAGCUACACAAAUUCAAUGAAUGGCGCGCAAGGCAGCGGCUCGAACGAAUCAGUGAAGGCUGCACGCUGUCCUCGCCAGAUCGCAGAAUUCCUAGUGUCAUUGAGGAGGAAAAAGUUACAGACGGCGGCGAAAUUAGUGAUUUCAGUUCCGACGUGGAAUUGACUAGCGAUGAGCGCAAAGUGUUGAAUAAAAAGCUGGAUAUACCGAAGAGCCCAAGAUAUACUAGACAUCGGCAAGAGGUUGGUGUUCCCAAAAAACCCAAACGAUCGGUUGAGUUCUACAGGAACAUCAACAGAAUACCAGAAAAUGGUGAAAGCAGCCUGAACAACGAGAAAAACAACAACAGCGCCGAAAGAUAUUCGCUGCCAGCUGUUAUGCCGUCCGGAGUUCCCAGCAGGAUCAAGAUAAAUCAUUCCAAACCUUUCAACAACACAAUUUACGAGAACGAGUGCGAAGAAUUCGAGCAGAUGCACGUCCAUGACAGCCUUGGAGAAACCUGCACCGUCCAAAGUCCACCCAGUAAGUUCUUCAAAGAGAACUGCAGCCCCUACUCUAACACUAGCAUCGCCUGCACCACUAAGACGACGAUCGUAGACAGCACACCAAAGAAGGAAGUAAACCUUCUGCAAAAAGCCGCCCGCUCCCGUCGAUACAAAGAAAAACCAGCACCUCCACCACCCAUAAUGCAGCAAGCCGAACCAACGCAGCAAAAGAAGCACAAUCGUACCUUCGAAAGUGGCUCGGAUUCGCCCUUCACGGGCUCCUAUCGGAAGUACGACAUCAACUCAUCUUCCAUCUACGACGAGCACGUUAUUUCGUCCCGUGCCUAUCGAGGAGAAAUGAAACCCCAAAACUACAGCCUCAGAAGCCCCACCACCAAAGAAAAACGUAAAUCACCGUCCUAUCAAACGGUGAUCAACAAACAUGGAGACCUGGUAGAUUAUGCGCUGCCCUUCAGUGACACAACCGACACUCAUUCGGAGCUGAAUUCCACUAAACAUGAUGAACUGAUCAAUGACACCAUUGCGUGCAAUAUCGUCAACGAAAACUUCCAAUUUUUGAACAGUGACAUUCAUCCUUCCACGGUUAUAAUUGACGACAGUACGAGCAUGAUCACGGAACCGAUCAGUGUGCUCAAAGAACGUGCCCCGAAGAUUGUUACCGACCUGGACCGAUCCAAUCAGAGUACGAUCAAAGGUGAAACGGUUCAGCUGGACGAAGUUGAUCUGGUGAUUCACGAACCGCAGGAUAUUCUACUGGAGCUGGACUCGCUGGAGCGAUGGAGCAAAAGCAUUCAGAUAUCGGACGACUUUUUGCAGAACCAAUUCGCGGAGAAAAAUUUGGUGGAGUAUUUCCAGCGUGCUUCAAGCCAAUUUUUAAUUUGCUGGCCCAAAGAAGUACACUAUCGGGUUGGAGCGUUGCGAAGCGCCUUUGUUGCACCGUUGGAAUUCUCCUGUGGGCUCUUUCGGAAAGUGCCUGUCACGUUGCGGAAGUACUCACUGAAUGUGGAACGUAAUCUUUACUUUGCGGAACAAGCCUGUAAGAGGGAUUUUGAACUUCUUAGUCAGAUCAAGCACCAUGGAAUCGCUUCCCUAAUGGCGGUCUGUCACGAUGUCGGGUUAAAUCAGGCAACCCUAAUCUUAGAACCGUUUGAUUUUACUCUGUUUGAUUACAUGCAUAAGAUGAACAAACGUUUAUCUCUCCUGCAUGCUAUUACCGUUGUCCAGCAGAUUUCGCUGGCAGUUUCGUAUCUCCAGGAGUGCGGUUACAUCCAUUCGAACAUCUCCAGCGGUUGCAUCCUAAUGCGCAAAUAUCCGUACACUGUCAAAUUAACUUCCUUCGAGCUGACGACAGAGAUGUCGGAUUCGAUUCGGAAGGAAAUCGAAGAGCGGUACGGUAGUACAUCGUCUUCUCGCAACUCCAUGACCUCUUCGCAGCAGGAAGAGCUGAAAAAGAUCACCACUUAUUCACGUUUGAUAAAAAAUGACGAACAAUUCUUGCGCGAUAAAUAUCGCAAACGGUCCAAGGAAGUAUCCGAGAGCCGUAAAAGACCGACCGGAGGUCUAGCGGAGGAGAACGGUGCGUAUGAUCGUCAGGCUGGACGUUACUUACCCUACUGUAAGGAGUACAGGGAGAAGUUUUCCCUUUUCUACUACGUCGCUCCGGAGUUGCUAAUCCCAAAGUGUAACUUUGUCUUCCCCUCCAAAAGCACCGAUGUGUAUUCACUUACGCUUCUGCUGUGGGAGAUCCUGAAUGGUUACAUCCCAUUUGUGGUGUACAGUCGGCAGGAAUUAGAGAAGCUUCACGGUUCAACCAGUUUGCAUUUACCAAAGUUUGAGAAAGAGCGAUGCGAUUUCUUCCGACAGAUUUUCGACAAAGGUUUGACAAAUCUCAGCGGCCGGAAACUGAGUGUGGCCGAUAUUCUAGAUACCAUGGAAUGUCUACUGAUCGAGCAAGGACAGGACAAGGCCGAACGAGUGAAUGGUUUUGCCGAAGACUACGAAGAGCAGUCCAAUACGCUGGAAAUUAGAAAAAAGAACGAAAUAAAUGACAUUCGAAAGCAAAACGCUUCAGAGAAGACGGAGAAAACUUACUUUCAAACUACUACCGCAAAUGCGGAACUUAUAACUCCCAAGCGCUCGAAGCAGCAACCCAAGAAACCAGCUCGUAAGAUAAACAAGACGUCAGUACAGAAAGAGCAGCAGGAAAAUGAACCGAAGAACAAGAAAUCACCUUUUGGCUCGAGCUUGGCCAUCUACCAAUCCAUAUUCGACUUUAACAACAAAUUUCUAUCGCCGCGUUCAUCGAAACAGAUCAUCUACGAAAGAACGAGUACAGUUAAAAAGCACAAAAAGUCCUCACGGGCAAACCAACACGCUGCCAAGGAACUGUUUGAACCAACUAAAAUAGGUGAAGGAGAUUUCGGAAGCUUCUACCAAUUGAGCAGUGAAGAAUGUAAAAGUAAUCUUGCAAAUAACAAUCCGAAUGUGUUAUCCAAAGCUUCUCUGAAAACCAGAGAGAUUUAUGAUAAGGAGAGUCCCGCUAAGAUCAAUCUGAACAGUGAGAAGUCCAAAUUUCUGCGAGAAAUAAUUAUGGACCAGGAGCCAGACUGCGAUCGCAGUAAUCAAAUCCAACAAAUGGACACUUCGAAAUCGUGUGACAGCUCCCCCGGCACCAAGCGCAAAAGUUACUCAUCAAAGCUCUCAAACUCAUUAUCCUUCAACUUCACCCUACCUGACACUCCCAUUGCUAGAAAGAACAAGAUUCGAAAGCACGCCUGGCUUUCCGAUCAGAAGUUGGUGAUUUCGGAUGAAAACACCUCUACGCCAGUCACGCCCCGGGGGCGCAGAUCUUGUUCGUUGUUCAAUGAUCUUGGUUCACAAACAAACCGCGACGGUCGAUCCCAAGGGGAACUCUACACCCAGCAGAAUCUGAAUAUUUCCUCCUCAAUGCAGGAAAUUAAACCCAAGAAAAUUAACAUCAGUGUAAACAUCAUUCGAACACCGGACAUGGGAGAAAAACUGAAAGCACACAGCCAGGAGUUCAACAAAACGACAGCUGCAAUCGUGGACAUAGGCAUCGAAGAACCGGCAGCUCCCGAGCCCACCCAAAAAGCCGAAUCCGCAGAGAACGUGUUCGAAGAGACACUCUGGAAAAAAGAGAAACAAAUUUGCGAACGUACAAAGCUCCACCAUUCGGCCGAUAAUAUCGACGAACCGGAUUCGGAGCACGUAGCUUCGGUUCGCGAAAUGGUACGUAAGAUCGAAACCACAUUCGAAAACACUGGCUUCGACUACAGCCCAAACAGGAAACAGGAAAGUUCCAAAAAACAACCGCCCGAAGAUAGGCAAUGUUGCGAGGAGUCGGUUGUUGUGGCGGAAAAUUUACUCAUUCCAACAAAAGUUCUGGAACUUGAGAAAACAAUCGAACAGGAUCCGGUGGAAAACGAACCAAAGCGAGCGGUAACUCGGCUAGAUGUUGUACUCACUAACAAUACACUCAAGAAAAAGGAACAACUACUGCAGCAACAAAAUUCACCAGCUUUUCCCGAAUCAGCGGUAUUCAGUCCAAACUCGCAGCUCUUUUUGCGUCGUAAAGGUAGUAAUGCCUCCGGAAGCCUCAUUCAACGCACGGUCUACCGCGAAAGCAUUCUCUCCAGUGCGGAUCUACCGGGGCUGGACAAUGUGAGCCCUUCUCAGGGCUCCACGGGCUCUCCAUUGCCACCGGGAAGUACUCGCAAGAAAAAACUAACAACUAGGGUAACGGUAAACAUGCGAAAAAUCUCUCGCCGUGCGUCGGACAUCGGAACCAGUCCGGCCACUUCGCGACCCAGUUCAAUCAAUCUAGAUGACGACACUCCAUCGUCUGGUUACAUCACACCAGCGAACGGUUCGGUACCGGUUCGGCAUUCGUGUGGCAACGAUCUGCUCAAAGUGUUGGCUAAAUUGCGCCCUAUACAACAAGCCAACGCGGAAGGGGACAGUUCCAGUUCCGCAAAUCAAGACGAUCGUCGACUAGUUCGUACCCCAGUGAAGGCACCUUUAGGUGCCGGCCGAACUGAAAAGCUGGUUUGCUGCAAUUGCGGGACCGCGAACAUGGUGCCUGCUGAUAGCCCUAAUGUACCACCCGGAAGCCGCAUCGGAAUGUCAGCCGCAUUCAGUGAGUUGAACUUUCCACGUGAAAGCCUGGCUUCCAUGUUUGACGAAAACCUUGGAUUUGUACCACCCGGAACCCCAUCAUCACGGCAAGCUCUCUCGGCAACACCCAUUGCAAAAUCAACAGAGGAUCUGUACAUCGACGAUGACUUCUACCAGGGGCUUGACCUGGCCGCCAACAUGGAGCUGGUGGAGUUCGUCGACGAUGGGCACUACCUGGACGAGUACGGGUAUGAUAUUUACACGACGGAAGAGAUUUACGAUACGGGCUGCGAGGGGAAAUGCGACGGACAAAGCGGGCAACCUGCCGAAGGUUGCGAAGAGGAGGAACAAUUUUUAACCAAAUGUGCCGAUCUAAAUCCAUCCUGCUCGGACGUUAUCGGAUCGGUGUUUUCACCGGGGGGUUCCGAAAGGCAGUUUGACGACGACGUCCAACAGGACCAAAAUGAGUGAAAUUUUACGUGAUGAUUAAGGGAUAGACACUUUUUCGAUGUUUUUUUCUCCAAAUAUUUCUACAAUGUUAUAAGGAUGUAUUUUCGAAGCAGAAUUUAUUCCACUAGAUUAAACUAUCUAUAUUGUUGAAGUUAUAUGAGCAAUCGAAUAACAUGAAUAGUAUUUAUUGAGGUGCAACAGUAUUUGGAUACGUUCGGCCACACGGAAGCUGAAGAUACAAUCUAAACAAAGGAUUUAGUGAUACAUAUAUUAUAUAAACACACUUACUAGACAGCGUCACAAGAUGUCCCUUAUCAAAUACCAAAUAGUUGAGCGAUAUUCUACGUAUUUAUUACAAAAUAAAUGAA